AAGCAGCGUUUAGUUCGUGGGCGCCUGCGCGCAAGUGCAGUCACAGAUUCAGAUACUCGCGGAUGCGCGAUUCCCAUACACCAUACUCAAAGAUACCAAAAUACAGAUACGGUGCGGGUCAAGAUACGAGUUUACUGGGUUGCGUCCAUAAAUACAGCAUCCCAUUUCCAUUCUCAUACAAAAAAUUGCAAUAAAAGUGAAAUUUUUAUUGAGUGUGUGUGUCCACAAAUAAUAUAAAAAUCACAAUCAGAUUUUUUGUUUCCAUUUUUUCUUCGAGUGUGCUAAGAAAGUGUUAAGAUAAAGAUUGGUUUUUUUUCUGUUUGCCAAAUUGCCGAAGAAAUUCUUAGGAAUUUCAGGUAGUCACUCGGUGAUUUCUCGACCAAUAAAAUCAAUCACUAGAGAAUCGGAGAAAAGGAGAAUCUGAAGAUCGUCUCACCGACAGAGAGAGAGAGAGCAGGGGCGUAAGAGAAAGAGGAUUAGAGAAGGGUGCUCCUGAGACACCUGAGAAUUUUCCUGGGAAAAAUGGCUCUUCAGCAAUGGCUCAUUCAUAUCCUGAUUCUGGGAUCUCUGAUGACGUCCUCUGGGGUGAUAGCCCUGGAGAGAGCUGGUUUUCCGGCCCAACCGGCGGAUCAUCUGGUGCCACCACCUCUCCCCUCGCAUGCUGCCCACCUACCUGCCCUGCCUACGCCCCAGAGGCUGACCCACGCCACGGCGGGUCUGGGAUCGGCUCCGGUGGUGGCGCCAUCUCCUUCGGUGAUUACGGAGCCCGGCUUUAUGACGCGAGUGGCCAGGUGGUUUGGUCUUGGGGGAGCUCCUUCGCCAAAGGAUCAGCAACUGAGUCCCAGUAACUCCCUGAGCUACGUCUACCCGAAGCCAGGACAAAGUUUCGACGCCAAUAGUGGCAAGCCUUGCAGUCUUUGCAACAAAUAUCCUUGGGUGCCGAUGGUGGGGCAUCAACAGCUACAACAGCAACCUCAACAGCAACAAGCAUUGCAAGUGCAACAACAACAAUUGUGGCAUUUGCAACAACAACAACACCAGCCUGUAGCCCAGGCCUCCCAGAACCGGCAGCGGGCGGUACAGUUCCAGAGUACUCCCCCUCAGAUACCCAACUUUCUGCCCCUGGCUGUGCCCAUGCCGCCUCUCUAUAAUGCCCAGCCCUUCCGUCCCUCAGUUCCCAAGGAGAACAUCGUUUCAGAGUCUGUGGCCGUUCCAGUGGCAGGACCUAUACCAGGACCAGUGUCAGUAUCAGUUCCAGUUCCAACACAUCCACCUAGUACCUCAACCUUCGAAAUCGUGAAAAGCCAUCAGGUCACGGACUUUGUCACCUCUGUGGAGUAUCCCGCCACCUUCGUGCAGUCCCAUGCCAUCGACCUGGGUGCUGCGACCAACCAGAAGGUGAUACCCGAACAAUCUGAGCCAAGUACCGUGAGAUACCAGCUGGAGGACCUCGCCAGUGGCCAGGUGCAUCAGCACCUGCCGGCCUCCCAGCUAUUGACGGAACUGGGGCACUUUGUGGAGACCACAACCGUGUUGCCGCCACCUCCGGCGGACAACUAUCCGGCGGCCUCGUCCCAGCUGCAGCACCUCCAGCAGGAGCAGGAUCAUGAGCAGGAGCAGGACCUGUAUUACGCCGAACAGGAGGAGACUAGUACUCUGAUUUAUGGUCCAACCACGACGGAAGCUCCAACCACAACGAUGGUUCCACAGCAACCUCCGCAGGCCAUAGACUUGAACAACCAUCUGGUGGCUGGGAUGCAAAACUACAGACAGGGUAUAUCUCGUGGCCGGGAGACCCCGAAGCGGCUACUAGACUCGCCCAUCAACCAUGCCGGCGGAAGACCCUUCACCCGCGACCCUGCCGAUCUGAACUUCCGCUUAAGCCAGGCCUAUACGCCCACCCAGCCGCCCACGCCCACCUCCACGUAUGGGGCCAUCGAUGCCAGUGGCCAGUACGCGGGGAUGUCGCCUCCGAGUCCGAAGCAGGUGAUCAUACCAUACACUACGAGGCAGAGGCCCAGGCCCUUCGAGAGCUGGACCCCCCUGAGACAUCACCACUCUUCGAACGAUCUGGAGGAGGAGCCGCAUGAGCAGCAGGAAUCCAAGCUAGCCACUGCCACGGUUACGGCUCCCAACUCCCGGAGGACGACCAAGUACCUGACCAAGAUCCUGGCCUCCAAUCUAAGGGAGCUGCUCAAACGCGAGAGGGAGACCAAGCGGCUGCCGGGACAGAGCCUGGGGGUGGACAUUUCGAAGCUGCAGCAGAACAUAGACGGGUGGACGGAGCAGGAGUACAACUCGCUGUCCCAUCGACCCAGUACACCCACCAUCCGGGGAAGAUCCAAGCAUAUACCCCCCGAGUAUCUGACCACGACGACGACGACCACCACGCCAGCGCCACAGCGGCAGUCCAAGACCACCAGGGGCGAGGGCUUCGAGCUGGGCGGGGCUCCUCCCACGGUCACCGGGGAUCUCUCCACCUCGAUCAACAAUCUGGAGCAGCUGCAUCUGCUGGGGGAGCGGGGAUCGAAGCGGUUCCAGCACUUGGACGACAAUCGUUUGCAUUUCGACUACUACGAUGCUCGGCCGAAGCCCACGCCGGCCAUGGCCUCCUCCACGUCCACCAGCACACCAGCACCGCCGACCACCACCACUACGGAGGUCACCCCGCUCUAUGUAAGGAGCACCACGCCGCCCAAGGAGCUCUGGAAACAAGUCCAGGUGGCCAUUCUUCCCCAGACCAACGAGAAGGUCUACGUGGUGACGCCUCAGCCGCCGACAGCUCAGCCGCGCCACAAGGACCACCACGAAGCGGAGGCCUCGGCGCCCAGGCCAGUCUAUCAGACUCCAGCUCCCAGGUUUCCUAGGAUGCGACCCACGCCAGCUGGCGAAGUAAAAGCAGCCACGCCCACUAGUUCAUCGCAGCUGAGGAACUAUACGCCGGACAUUUUUGGUCUAAUGGGUCUAUCCGCGUAUGUUCCGGCGGAGCCAGUGGAGAUAAUCGAUGGAAACUCCAAAGUCAUCACAAUAGUGACGUCAGCGCCGACGGCGGCAGCGCUGCAGCGACCCACACCGAAGCCUACAAUUGCGCCUUCGCCGAGAUAAAGGUCACAGAGGUCACAUGCCCCUCCCUUCGCCCCUGUUGUAAUAUAUUUUUUCACCAAGCCCCUGAGAAAAAAAAAGCAGGAUACGCCAGGAUGUGCGAUCAUAAGAGUUGUAGUUUUAAAAAAUAAACAAAAAAAUCCUUUUUAGGAAUCAAAGUUAGAUUUUAUCUGCAUUUGGUAGCUUUAUAAACAAAUAGAUAAAAAAAAUAAAUAAAAUAAAAAUAUUACAUAAAAGGAUAACAGGAUCGAAAGGACUCUAUGUAAUGUUCCCCUUAGUUUAUAUUUUUUGUUUUUUUUUUUUAAUUGUGUGUUUUAGCAGUGUUUGGCGCUCUCCUUGUUUUAGUUCA